GCCGAUAUAUAGCCAAAGCAUGCCGAUGUUGUGAGUCAGUCCAAUGCCGACAAGUCAGUAUCCAAUGCGCAGGGCGUGAGUGGACAUGUUCGAAUGAGGAAAUUGUAUGCGAUUGACACAUGAACCCACGGCGUCGUCCACCAACCGACAAAAGCAUCGCAGGUCGAACAGCGUCUUGCUCCGAGUCCGAGUCUCUGGGGGGUCAUUGUCCUACGAGCCAUCCGCAUACCAUGUCAUUGCGGAGGACGUUAUGGCAGACACUCAGGUGUGCCGAUGAUGUCCUCCAUACUCACGCCGUGCAGGCGACGAGAAGAUGCAGAAGCAAAAGCACACUGUCACCUUCUGCCCGCCGCACCUACAACACCCUCACCGUGAAUGCCGCCGAUCUGUCCUUCGGCCAACCCGUGCAUGAGACCCAUCCACAUAUCCUCCAGCCUGGAGAGCUGACCCCGGGCAUCACAGCACAAGAGUAUGCCGACCGGCGGACGAGACUCGCGGCCAAACUGCCCGACCGAGCCAUAGCCAUAGUGGCAGCCUCCGACAUACAGUUCCGCUCCGGAAGCGUGUUCUACGAGUUCCAUCAAGACCCUGACUUUUUGUAUUUGACGGGAUUCAACGAGCCCGAAGCGCUGGCCGUGAUCGGCAAGGACCCGACGGGCAAAGACCAUACAUUCCACCUAUUCGUGCGCGAGAAAGACCCCAAGGCCGAGAUCUGGGAUGGAGCAAGGUCAGGCACACAGGCAGCAAGGGAUAUCUUCAACGCAGAUGAGACAGGCGACAUUACCAGGCUGAAAAAGAUCCUGCCGCAGCUGGUGGGCGAGGCGUCCCAAGUCUACACGGACAUCACGACCCCGGACCCUAACCAGUCUGCGUUGCGACGGUUUCUUUACGGACCGUCUCGCAAGAGCACCGAAUUCUCCGAUCUCAUUGAAUCCAGCAAAGUCCAUCGACUCCGCCCGGUAAUGAACGAUCUUCGAGCCUUUAAAAGCCCUGCCGAGAUCGAGGUCAUGCGCAAAGCAGGAAAGGCCUCGGGCCGAGCACACACUGAAGCGAUGAGGAAGGCGUGGACGCACGAAAAACAACUUGACGCAUACAUCCGCUACCGCUUUAUCGCCAACGAAUGCGACUCGAUUGCCUUUGAGCCCGUGGUUGCAGGCGGCAAGAACGCCCUCAGCAUCCACUACGUGCGCAACGACGACGUGUUGCAGGACGACGAGAUGGUCCUGGUGGACGGCGCAGGGAAAUACGGCGGUUAUAUCUCCGACAUCACCCGCACCUGGCCUGUGGGCGGGAAGUUCACCGAUGCCCAGCGCGACCUGUAUCAGGCGGUUCUUACUGUUCAGAGGUCACUGAUCUCGCUGUGUCGGGCCAGCGCCGACGUGUCGCUGGAUAAAUUGCACAGCAUCGCCGAGGAGUCUCUGGCCAGGGAACUGAGACAAAUCGGAUUCGACGUGACUUCCAAGACGAUCGAAGCUUUGUUUCCCCAUCACUUGAGCCAUUAUAUUGGCAUGGACGUCCACGACACCGUCGGAUAUACCAGGAAAGCGGUGCUGCAAGAGGGUCAUUGCAUCACGAUCGAGCCGGGGAUCUAUGUGCCGGAUGACCAGCGAUGGCCGAAGCACUUCCGGAACAUGGGCGUGCGCAUUGAAGAUAGCAUCAGUGUUCAGGAAGAUAGUCCCUACGUCUUGACUACUGAGGCGGUCAAGGAGGUAGUCGAUAUCGAAGCCUUGAGGGAUUGAUGUCGGCUGACUAGGAACGUCCCGACCGUGUCAAAGUGGAUUUCAUCAUGCUGCUUUCAGCCUCCGGAUCAGCAGAAAAGAAAAGGUCAUGCUAUCUGCUCUUCACGCGCUUCGACCCUACCGAGGCGGGAGAGCGGCAUAGCCUGUCCGUCUAAUGUUGCUUUGUGUAGAUUCUCCUGUCAUAUACAUGUAACAAUAUAUGGCCACGACGCCUAAUUUGCUCUCUA